AUCGCUAGUCCUACACCGGCAUUUACGACUCGUAAAAAAACCAUAGCAAAUUCCACGUAAGACUUACAGCAACUGGCCAGCAACUCAAUCUAGGAGAUUAACUAGGAAUAGCAACAAUUACCGCCAAAAUGCAAGGCUUGGAAGUCAGCCAAAUGGUGCUAGUACCGCUCGUGGUGGCUUUGCUGGUCCUAAACGCAGCUUUAGCCAGCGAAGUUCCACGUCCGUUGGGAGUCUCACUGGCAAAGUCUUCACUGUACCAGCCACGAGCGGGCGACAACAGUUGGAGCUGUUUGGAUGGCAGCAAAACCAUCCCCUUCACGCACAUCAACGACGACUUCUGCGACUGUGCGGACGGAAGCGAUGAGCCGGGCACCUCCGCCUGCUCCAAUGGUCAGUUCCACUGCCUGAACAAGGGCCACCAGCCGGUGGAUAUACCCAGUUCCCAGGUGCAAGACGGAAUCUGUGACUGCUGCGACGGCAGCGAUGAGUCACAGGUGGUCGGUUGCCCAAACACUUGUUUGGAACUCGGAGCAGCGGCCGCAAUUCAAAGGCAAAACCAGGCGGAGUUGCACAAAAAAGGUGCCGAGCGGCGACAGGAAAUGAUAACCCGUGGCAAGCAAUUGAAGGCUGAACGGGAAGCCCGCCGCCUUGAGCUCGACCAGCGUCGCAAGGAACAGGAACUCCUGCGCACCGAAAAGGAGCAACUUAAGAAGAACGCCGAGACUCUGGAAGCGGAGGCCCUUGAAAUCUUCAAGGAGCAGCAGCGCGAGUUGAAUGCGGAAACCGCACAGGCCGAGCAGGAGCCACAACAAAUGCGCCAGGAGGCAUCGCUCAGCUUCGUGCGCUACGACACCAACAAGGAUGGCUUCGUCGAGGUCACCGAACUGAUGGUGGACAUGAAUUUGGACAGGGAUCGCAACGGCGUGGUUACCGUCGAGGAGGCCAAGUUCUUCCUGGACGAACGCGAACGUGUGGAUCUCGAUGCGUUCGUUACGCUCGCCUGGCCAAGGAUCAAACCUCUGGCAAUGCUGGCCGAGGGUCUGUUCCAGCCGCCGCAGCCGGAGGAAACUACGACAGGAGCUGAGACUGAGCAAGCGGAGGUAAACACCGAAGCUAUCCAGCCCACGCCACCCAAGACAAGCGAAGAACAAGCUGAUCUGGCUGGUGAAGAAGAGAUUGAGGCUGAUGAAGAGGGCGAAGAGGAUCAAUACGAUGACGAGGAUCCCGAUGUUGGUGUGGGCGAAGCUUCUCCCGCUGUCGAGGAAGCCACGCCGCCAAAUUACGAUCCGGAGACUCUGCGUUUAAUUGAACAGGCCAACGAGGCUCGAAAUGCUUUGGAGGAAGUGGAACGCAGCCUGCGCGAGAUCGAUCAGGAGGUCAAGGAGAUCGACGAGCAGAACGAAAAGGGCUACGGCCUGACCGAGGAGUGGGCUGUGCACGAUGGCCAGUGCUACAACUUCGAGGAUCGGGAGUAUGUCUACACUCUUUGUCCCUUCGAUCGUGCCUCGCAGAAGCCAAGGAGCGGAGGAUCCGAGACCACUCUGGGUCGUUGGGAUAAGUGGAUCGGAGAGCCCAAGAAGUUCUCACAGCAAAAGUACUCCAAUGGAGCCGCCUGCUGGAAUGGUCCAAACCGUUCGGCCAUUAUCAACAUCAGUUGUGCUCUGGAACCCAAAAUCACUGCCGUCAGCGAACCCAAUCGCUGUGAAUAUUACUUUGAAUUCGAAACUCCCGCCGCCUGCGACAGCCAAGCUUUCCAAGCGGAGUCCGAAAACCUUCACGACGAACUCUGAAAAGAUCAACAAUCAAAUAUGAGCCUAACAGAAAUGUGUGUGCUUGGCAUACGAAAAUCAGAGAUUUGGGGAUUGUAUUUUAGUUUUAAAGGAGAAUAUUAAUUUUGUCGAGAUCAUUCCCAAGCUGUUGCAGGAAAAUCAUCAAGAAUUGUAGCAAAUUAAUUCAGUGUAUGCAUUUAAGCAAAAAGUACAUCAUGUUUCAUUCUGAAUAAAGUGUAAACACCUAGUAUUUGUAAAAAAAAAAUUAUAGUUGAGCACAUUGAGUGUUGAAAUAUCAAAGGACGGGAGUUUUUGGAAUGUACUUUAGUAAAUUACGGAAUUUUUGUUGAAGUCAUUCCCUUGCUUAGUCCAAGUAUUGAUGUUAUAUGUAAAGACCAAGCAUGGAAAACCUUUAAGUUUCAUGUUUUAAAUAUACUUAAUUUUGUAAUAUUUGAGCACAAGAUGUUUCAAUGUAACAAAGAUUAUAUAGGUGAUAUAAAAAUACCCACAAUAGUUUCUAUAUAAAGUAAAUCAAUGUAAUGUGUGCAUUUAAACAAAAAAUGAAGUUUCGUUUUGAAUAAAG